GAAGCAGCUGAUAAAAGAACAAAGGAAGAACAUUCGCAUUAGCAGUUGGAUGUUGGAAACUAAAUUUUCUCUGUAAUUCCAUCACUUUCUUUCUCAGUUGGAGGAGACAGAGAGAGGGAGGGGAAAACGAAUUAGGGAUUUUUACAUUCCAAUUGUGCCUUUGAAGGUAUCCACAUUAUAGUUUCUGCAGAGGCGUGCCUUUUUGAAUCUACUCUGAUAUUCCAAGUUUCAGCGACAAGUUUUUCUUUUCUUUUCUCUCUUUCUCUCUCUCUCUCUCUUUUUGGGAUCUGCUUGAUCAUGGGAUUUGGAUUGGAAUUGUAAUAAAACCCAGAAAUGGAAAUAAAGGGUGCUUUUUUUUUUGAACCAAAUAAAGAGAAAGAUUGAGCUUUAAUAAGUUUUAAUGGUUUCUAUUUAGUUUAAUUUCAUGAUCUUUUAGCUCGAAAUUGCUAUUUUUGGCUUAAUUACGUGUUUUCUAUUUAUUUAGGCUAUUUUUGGAUAUCUUAGUUUUGGUGGUUUGAAGGCAAUUUUGCCAAGCUAGAUUUAUUGUAGUUGGAGAUAUUUCUGUGAUUUCUCGGUUCAUUGUAGCGUAUUUAAAGUAGAUGUAUUGAAGUUAUGUGUUGGCAGUUUAGUUGCCGAUGUAUGGUAAAGGAAGGAGGGUCUGAUUGGACGGGGAGAUUUGAAGAAAGAAAGAGAACAUGGAAAAUUACUUGAACUUUUUUUUUGAUAUUUUGUCAUGCUGAUUACGAAAUCAAUGAGAGAUUUGUAAUUACUGUCGCGAAAAUUGUGCAAGAUUUUGCUUAAAAUGCCUAUGCGGUUUCUAUAUAGUUCAGCAAAAAGAAGGAAAUCAUGAGAAGGAGGAAAGGACUGUUCAAUAUGGCUGUGGCAUUUACCAAUCUCUCGUGGUGGUUAUGGAGUGGAAAGCACCGGGAGCCUAGAAUAUCAAAUCCAUCUUCUUUAAAUGCCAGACCUGAUUCAGACUUGUGGGAAUCAGAUACAUUGAAAUUUCCUUUUGUUCGAGGGGCUAAUGUGGCUUCCUCAUCUAGAAGGGUCAAGCGAAAAUGGCACAGCCGGGAAGAGAGGAAAAUUGACAGGGAAUAUGAUGUUGUUCUUGUGCCAUCUGAUGGUGGCUGUGUUUCAGGGUCUGAGUCUGAUGAUUCAGAUUAUUCCAUCGGAUGGUUGGAGCCUCAUGGACCUGAAUUCCUGAGUGAUGAUGAAACAGAUAACAGUUUUGCUGUACUGGUCCCAUGCUACGGGCGUGCUCAAGACAAAGUAUUUGAGAGUUCAAAGAACAAUAUGUUUGGUGCCAUUGUCAACAUUCAAGAUGGUUUCUCUGAAGAGAGUAAAAAGUACAUGGAAAAGUGGCUCUCUUCUCUCCAGAGCAGCUGACAUUUAGCUCUCUAAAUAGUUGCACGCAGGUCUCUUUUUAGCUGCUGGAUCUUCUGGAAGAAACAGACCUGUUGAUUUAAAAUGGAAAGAUCUUGUAUAAAGAUUAAACAGAUAGCUGGGGAUGUAAAAGGAGAGAGAGUAGGUGGCGUAGUUGAUCAAACGCUGUUGAUAAUGCUUUAAGCACUAGAAAUUAAAGAGGAAGUGUGUGUGUGGGUUCCAUAUUCUUUGAUGUAAAUAUGCUUGUAUAUAUUGAAGCAGUCUCAUGCUUCAUUUUCUUGCUGUAAAUAAAAUGUACAUAACUACAAGUUGUUUAUGUAAAUUGUGUAGAAAUUUAAUA